UCCUCGGUAUAGACAUUUCAUAUGCGCGGGACAUUUUCGCGGUUCUGAAUAGGUUUAGUUGCUAUACCGAGGACCUAUACCGAGAACAUGUUCUCGGUAUAGGGUUUAUAAAUAUCACACUCAGCCGCGAAGCCCCUUCUCCUUCCUCUCUGGUUUCUCUGGGUUUUCUCCGAAACCUCCGCCUCCCUCCGCCGAUUAUAGUCGUUUUCCUCCAUAAAAGCUCGGUUUUAAGCCCCAAAAUUGCCAAGGGUGAAGGAAUUUCUGUGUAUUUGUUGAAGGUUGGGUAUUCGGUUUUUGUUGGACUAUAGGGAUUGCUAGCAAGAUAUUGAAGGCAUUGUGCUACAUUCAUACAAUGUCGAUCGACAAGAGUUGGAUUAAUUUGACAGAUCGAUUAUCCGAUGAGUAUGAGGCUGGUGUGAUGGAUUUUCUCCAGAGAGCCCGGCAGUGCGUUGACUCAAGGGGAUUGGUGAAAUGUCCGUGUAGGAGGUGUGUCAACGUUGAAUUUCAGACGAUUGAUGUAUUAGAAAAUCAUCUUUUUGUAAAUGGUUUUCUACGGAAAUAUACCAAUUGGCAUUGGCAUGGAGAGGAUGAAAUAAUACCAAUGAGAGCUCGGAUAGAUCAAAAUGAUGAAGAUGAGAUGAUGGAUGUUCUCACUGAUCUUAUGCAAAAUGACAAUGACGAACAAGCGGAGAAUGAGCGCGGUCAAGAGAUACCUACAACUGACUACAGGAGUGGGCAACAUUAUAACGAUUUGUUUGCUGAGAUCGAGGCUCCAUUAUUCCCCGGGUGUCAAAAUUACACUUCAUUGAAUUUCCUAGUGAAGUUAAUGCAUUUCAAAGUGUUGGGAAAAAUUCCCAACAAAAUAUUUGAUGGAAUGCUGGAGUUGUUACAUGAUGCAUUUCCAGCCCCAAAUAAGCUUCCAAAAUCGCACUAUGCAGCGAAAAGGUUGUUGCGGAAACUUGGAUUGGGCUACGAGUCAAUCCAUGUCUGCAAGCAUGAUUGCGCACUGUUUUGGAAAGAACAUGCUGGAAAAAGCAAAUGUCCUGUUUGUGGAGAGGAUUGAUGGGUGGACAAGAACACCAAGGGAAAGAAAGUGCC